UGGUGCAUGGGCAGCACAGUGGUCCUGAGUUUAAUCCCGGGCUGGGGAUAUUUCUGUUUUAAUUGAUUGAUUGAUUGAUUGAAACUUAUAUUAGUAGAUUGCACAGUUCAGUACAUAUUCCGUACAAUUGACCACUAAAUGGUAACACCCGAAUAAGUUUUUCAACUUGUUUAAGUCAGGGUCCACGUUAAUCAAUUCAUGGUACAAACAUACACUAUCAGCAUAAUACAGUCAUCACACAAGUUAAUCAUCAUAGUAUAUACAUUGAAUUAUUUGCAUUAUUUACAAUCCGGGGGGUGGGAUGAGGAGCUUUGGUUGACAUCAGUACUUCAGUCAUCAACAAUGCAUCAACAGAGAAAUGGACCUUGAAACAUUGUAGGUCUUACUUAGCAGGAUAUGUACAGCGAGCAGAGAACAUAGUGAGUUAAGAUAGCAUAAGAACAAGUAUAUACAUUAGAAAAACAUUUGAUUAUUUUCAUUAAGUUAUUUACAAUCCGGGGAGAUGGGAUGUGAAUGGAGGAGGGUUAGUAAAGGGUUGAAGUUGCCUGGAGGUGUUGUUUUAGAGCGGUUUUGAAGGAUGAUAGAGAUUCACUUACUUUUACACUGUGUGGUACUUGCAUGUUGUCCCCGUGACUGCGUGGGUUCUUCUCCGGUUACUCCGGCUUCCUCCCACCUCCAAAACCAUGCAAAUGGGGAAAGGUUGAUUGGCGACACUCAAUUGGCCCAGAUGGUAUCAACUGAACAGUGACCUCUGCAAGCCGGUCCGUGGGGGUGGUGAGUUGUCUUAUCAUGAUGGCGGAUGGAUGCAGCGAUGACGACGUUAUUCACCUGGCAAGUUUCAACGUCCACCGAAGCCAAGGCACCAGCAGCCGCCAGAGGGAGCUCAUCACCAUUUCUGAUGAUUCUGAUGAAGAGGAGGCUGUGCCUUUGGUAACUUGCAGUCCUGUUUUAGUGCCAGACGAUGUUGCGGAAGACGAUGUCAGCAUACUGGAGCAACGAUCUCCUGCACGCCGACUUGUCAUACGGCCACUCGCACCUGCACGCCGACAUGUAAUACGUCCAGCAGCAAAGUGGAACAGGGGCUUAAAAAACUUUCAAGUUGCUGGUCAACACAGUGCAGCGUCUGGAGGACCGAAGGGAGACCCAGACUCGCUCCCCUCUACCUCCAGAGAUACUACUUUCUUAAUGGCAGUCAAGAUGGAGGAAGUAACUAAUCCAAACCUUGCCAAGAACUCAGAGCAGCAAAAAGAUGGUGUAAAGGUAAAGAAUGAAGAUCAAUCCACCUCCCCACCAGCUGUCAAAAUCAAAAGACAUACACAAGCACAAGUUGAGCCUUGCACUUCCGGACCUGCACUGGCUGGCUCUGCGGGACAUUCACUAGUUGAGCCCCAGCCAAGCACCUCGACACAUGCGCUUGCAAAGACACUGCCUUGCUCUUCCACAGUAAAUCAAGACAAGGCUUUCACCAGCACGCAAGACAAUCCUCAGGCAAGUACUUCAUCUGCACAGAAGCCUAAACCUAGCACUUCUGCAAAGCCUCAGCCAAGGGGCAAUGCAGCGUUAGUACCACAGCCUGUACAGGUAAGGAAUAUGGACAUUGUCAUCCUUACACAAAAACCCGUCAUCAAAGCGUCCGCUUUGAUUGCGCCGACUCAGCAGCAGAGCACGCCCAGAGUCACGACACAGCCCUAUGUACAUCCUAUGCAGGGCAAUCUUGUUCAGAUUGAACCCAUACCCCUCGCCCAAGCCCCGGCCCAGGCUGUAGUCCAGCCCGUUCAGGGCCCUCAGAUGGUAACUCACUCUGCAGUUCUGAUAGCCGCUGCCCCAGAAAGGCUGGGACCUCCAGAGGCAGGUCACCGGAUAAUGAUAGGAAGCCAGGCAGCCGGGAAGGCCGGUUCCAAUUCCCAACCACAAAGUGGCGCAUCAAAUGCCGACAUAAACUUGAACCCUCCUGCUCUUCCAGCCCCUUCCAACCCAGAAAAGAUCAAUCCGGCCCCUGGCUUGGUUGCGGUCCCUAUUAUUCCCGUUGACAUUCCCACAAUAGAAGAUCCAAGACCCGGUCCCUCUGUGCCACGAGAGACGCAGCCCCUCGCCAGAACUCUCAUCACUGGUGUCUUGGAUCUCUUCCCAGACAUCCAAGAAGCCUAUGUAGCAGAAUUAAUCCAAACAAAUAAUUUGAAAGACUUGAAUGCUGUAUGUAACCUGCUGUUGGAGAGCCCAGAGUACCCAAAGACAGAGGCUGCAGCGGCUGCAGUAGCGCCCACAAGCAUCCUACUGGAGUCUGGAGACACCGACACAGAAGUAACGGACGACCUGUUUGAUUACACCAACCUGGGUCCUGUGGUUUCAGCCACAAUGAUGCAGGCAGCAGACUUGCUCAUGGCUGAUUUCCGGAUGAUCAGCUGCCAGGACAUUAAAUAUGCCCUUAAUGUCCUGAAGGGACACUAUGCAAUCACACGAAAGGCCUUAUUUGAAGCAGUGAAGAAGUGGCAAGAUUCAGGGGACCCCUCAGGAAAGAGACGACGAAGCAGAGCAUCCUCUGAGCGCUGCUUCAUCGAUUUUCAUUUUGAACACGGUGAGGUGAAAUUCGACAAGAGGAUGUACUUCUUGGAGAAUGACCGCCGCUAUUGCAGGACGUACAGUAAUCUGGACGAUUCUUUAAAAAAGGAGGUUACAUUCUUUCAGCAGAAGGCCAAGGAAUGGGCUGAGCAUGAAGAUUUCCUUCUAGCGCUGCAAGUCAAUGAAGAUGAAUACAAGAAAGAUGGGCAGCUGAUUGAGUGCGGCUGCUGCUACGGGGAAUUUGCCUUUGAGAAAAUGACGCAAUGUUCAGACGGUCACCUUUUCUGUCAAGAGUGCCUCGUCAAAUACGCUCAGGAGGCGGUGUUUGGUACCGGAAAGUCCCAGCUGAGCUGCAUGGAGUCAGGCUGUACGUGCUCGUACCCAGUGGCUGAACUGGAGAAGGUCCUACCAGAGAACAUCCUCUACAAAUAUUACGAGAGGCAGGCGGAGGAGGCCAUCGCUGCAACAUGCGCGGAUGAACUAGUGAGAUGUCCAUUUUGCAACUUCCCGGCCUUAUUGGACAAAGCAAUGUCUCUCUUCAGCUGCCCCAACCCUCGCUGUCGCAAGGAAAGCUGCCGGAAAUGCCACGUGCAAUGGAAGCUGCAUUCAGGAAAGACGUGCAAGCAAGUCUUGGAGAAAGACGAGAUCCGCAUGAGGGUGCUCUUCGAGGAGCGCAUGACGGAAGCCCGUGUCAGAAAGUGUGUCAAGUGCGGCACUGGCCUGGUCAAGUCGGAGGGCUGCAACCGCAUGUCGUGUCGCUGUGGCAGCUUCAUGUGCUACCUCUGCCGAGAGCCCAUUGCUGGCUACAACCACUUCUGCCAGCACGCUCGUUCGCCGGGCGCUCCCUGUCGCCAAUGCAUGAAAUGCUCCCUGUGGACGGAUCCCACGCAAGAUGACGAGCGAAUGAUUCAAAAUAUCCAGAAGGAAGGAGAAGUGCAGCUGAAUAAGAAGUUUUCAGACAAUUUGGGUAAGAAAGUGGGCCCUCCCAUCGAGGCUCCUGUCAUUGAGGUCAAGCGGCCACGUGUGGGUCCGCCACCUGAACCUCAACUUGCGCCUGUGCCGCCGCCCCAUGUGGUCGUACCCCCUCUUCUCCAAGCGGUACAAGGUCCUAUCUUAGUGCCCCAACAUCUGGCCCAGGGUCAGAUGUUUAUGCCACCGGCGCCAUACGUGCCGCCCCCUUUGAAUAACAACCACCAGCACCAGUAUGAACAUUAUCACCACCACCAUCACAAUAACAAUCAUCACGACAACCCUCGUCAGCCGCUUAACUUGCACAUGUUUGACUUGCCCAUGCACUAUGGGCCCGCCCAUCGCCAUUACAGACACUAACACACACACACACACACACACACACAUGGGUGUUUCAGAGCUGAUGUUGUUUUUUCAUGCGCUGGUCUUUUGCUACUAUGCCGCACAUCUUUACUCGUUUCAUUUUUCUUGUGUUCACAUGAAGAAAACAGACUUGGCCUUCUCAUGCUGAAUCAUGUUCUCACUCAUUUUGCCCUUUUUCCACUAAUCCGUUGCGUAAAAAAAAAAAAAAAAAGGAGGGUUCAGGUUCUAAGACUUGUAGCAGAUUUUGUUUCUGUACUGCAAAGAAUCAAGCAUUCCCUUCUGUGCAUUUGAAGCCACGCAGUUUUCUAAUAAAAGUAUGUUGGUAAAGUU